AGCAAGUCAUACCUAACCCAACCAGAUAUCAGGCAAAGUGGAGUUCGUCGUCGUCUUACGAUCGAAUGUAAUCGAAUGCCUCAAGUGGUCGAGAGCGCGGACCCAUCGAUGAAACUGCACGAGAACCAUAUUUCCGUUUGAGCCAAUCGUAAAAUUUUUUUGGUGGAAACAUGUGGCUGGAGGAGUGCGACAGUUUCGCCGAGCUGUGCCGGGGUUAUUUACCGUAUUAUCUGUUAAUAGUCCUGCCGAUCUUCAUCAUCAUAUCUCCCGUGAAUCCGGUGGCUGCUUCUCACGAGUUUCCCGUGUAUCGUAUGCACCAAUAUGACUUACAUGGAAUUCCACAUGGUUGCCGAAGUGCACCUAUUUCCUUGGAGGCAAGGUCUUUGGCUGGAUGGAGUACCUCAAGGCACUGCGUUGUUGCAAAAGCACUGGAUAUCACACCAUCUGUCUUCCAGUCCAUUAAAAGUAAAGCUGGUGCAUUGGUGAUUGUUCUACCUAAGAAGAUGAAUGAACUUACAAUGGAGGAAAAGCAACACAUUAUGAAUCUAGAAGAAUCUAUGAUGUAUGGUUCCGAGACAAUGAUACCAGUGUAUUUUGCCCUGUGGCAACCGGAACUUCAAAUGAUUCUGGAUGAUAUUGCAGAUGGUUUUGUUACGGAUGAGAAGGCAGGUUCAGCAGCAGAGGCUAUAUAUAAUUCAAUUUCAGCUAGUGGUUACCAAGUGGUAGUAACUACUGGACAGGCGCUUCCUAAAACAGAUGUUAAAGUUGCCACAUUACAUGGCAAAUUAACUGGAACUGGCACUGAAGAAAAAUUACCUACUAUAGCAAUAGUAACAUAUUAUGAUAGUACUGGUGUAGCACCUGAAUUAUCAUUUGGUGCGGACAGUAAUGCUUCCGGUAUAGCUAUGCUACUAGAAAUAGCGAGAUUGUUCUCUGCUUUAUAUUCCACUGGUCGGACAAGACCACAAUAUAAUCUCAUUUUUAUUGCGACUGGAGCUGGUAAAUUAAAUUACCAAGGUAGUAAGAAAUGGUUGGAAGAUCAAUUGGAUGGGGUUGAAGGCUCUGUUAUACAGGAUGCAGCUUAUGUAAUAUGUCUCGAUACAGUUUCUGCUAGCAAUAAUUUAUAUGUGCACGUAUCAAAGCCACCUAAGGAGAAUUCUUCAGGUGGUUUGUUCUAUAAAGAACUUAAAACUGUUUCGCAAGUAUUCAACAAUGUCACUGUUGAUGGCGUGCAUAAAAAGAUAAAUCUUGCAGAAGAGACAUUAGCUUGGGAACACGAGAGAUAUAGCAUUCGAAGAUUGCCAGCUGCUACUUUAUCUACAUUAAAAAGUCAUGAAGAUUCAACUAGGACAACUAUAUUAGAUGUCUCUAAAGAAGGACAAGUAGACAGAUUGUACAAGCAUACCCAAAUCUUGUCGGAAGCUUUGGCACGUCAUAUAUAUAACUUGAGUUCUAGUCAAAUCUUUGCUGGUCCAUUGGAUGUAUCAAAAGAAUCGCUCUCCUUAUGGUUUAAUUACUUUGCUUCUCAACCAAGAGCAGCAUCAUUACUAGCGGACAAAAAUAAUUUAUUGGUUGGUACUUUGAAAGAAGCAAUGGCGAGAUAUUUGGGAGAUGUGAAAGUUACUCUUCAUACUCCUGAUAAACAAGAUCCAGAAUUUGUGUUCUAUGAUGUUACUAAAGCAUCUCUGAAUGUAUAUAGUGUAAAGCCGGCUGUGUUUGAUCUCUUUCUUACUAUUGGUAUAGUUUUGUAUUUGGGGAUAUUGUAUAUGAUUGUACAUAAUUUUCCACGUGCUUAUGCUCUGGCAAUUAGACUUUCUGCGAAGAGCAAGAUGACGUGAAUCUUAUUUACAUGCAAAAAGAGCUUGAGUGCUUUUAACACCAAUUUUGAGUAAUGUUAAAUAAUCAAUCUAUUCAAAUCUAUUGUAAGAAAGUUAACUAGUUCUUAGAUAUAUAUAUAUAUAUAUAUAUAUAUAUAUAUAUAUAUAUAUAUAUAUAUAUACUUUAAAGUAUUCCAAAAUGAUAUAUAAUUAUAUACUGAUGCAUAUUUGCUAACAGCAAGUUGAAUCUAACAUGUGUUUUUCUGUGUGUGUAUAUAUAUUUAUUUUACAAAUUUUUAAUUAUAAAAUAACUACAGAUUACGUAAUGCUCAAUAGUAUGUUAUCAUUCUUUGUUAACCUUUUCUAGUAAUAAAAUGUGGAACACUGAAAAAAUUAGAUUUUUUGUAAUUAGGCGUUCUUUAGAUAAUCUGUCAUAAGAAGUGAUAAUAAAGACCAACUUAUGAUUGACCAAA